AUGGAAGCUGCUGCCUGUUGCCUGCCUCCCCACGGGCUCCGGGUGCCUGUGACCAGUGCUCGCCCAGCCCCAGGGCUGGAGCAAGGGGGAAGGCAAGGAGGGAGCAGGCCAGGGUGGGUGGCUGUCGCACUGAACCUGCUCUCCGCACCUAGAUCCCUGCCUCUCUGGAGACCGUGGCUGCCCCAAGCAGAGGAGGGAACCGGACAGUGGAGGGAGCAGACAGACACUGCUUGGACUCGGGAGGCAGUGGGGGAUGGUGGCCCCGACAAAACGCUGGCGUUUUUCCACCACCCAGUCAGGCUCCUCUGGCCCAAGUCCAAGUCCUUUGACUAUCUGUACGGCAUGGGGGAGAAGCUGCUGGAGAACUUCCCGGUGCAGGCCACCCUCUGCCUCUACGAGGACUCGGGCAGCGAGGAGGAGGAAGAGGAGGAAGAAGAGGAGGAGGAGGAGGCAGGGGACAUUGCGGCAGGUCCCCCACCGCAGGCAGGCAGCCCUGGCAGGCCGGUGUGA